UUCAGGAGUCGCCAGCCUCUAAAGUUACUGCCAGAGGCAAGAGAAGUCUAGUCUUUCUAGAAGCAGCAUGGGAGGUAUAAAUGUCUCAGUGUCGCUCAGGCCGAAGCAGUCGAGACAAGACAACUCAAGCAACCUGAAGUGAAGCAGAGCUGAAGAGUCCGCUCUCUGAAGCGCUAGAAGAAACUCACAAGACUUGUUAACUAUUGAUAAUCAAGAUGUCUAAAGGUCUGUCCAUUGGCAUUGAUCUGGGAACCACUUACUCUUGUGUGGGGGUGUUCCAGCAUGGCAAGGUGGAAAUCAUUGCUAAUGAUCAAGGAAACAGAACCACUCCAAGCUAUGUUGCUUUCACAGACACAGAAAGACUCAUCGGAGACGCAGCCAAGAACCAGGUCGCCAUGAACCCCAACAACACAAUAUUUGAUGCCAAACGACUGAUUGGUAGAAAGUUCAAUGAUCCAGUGGUCCAGUCUGACAUGAAGCUUUGGCCCUUCAAGGUCAUCUGCGAAGAUGGCAAACCAAAAGUUCAAGUUGAGUACAAAGGAGAAACCAAGACAUUCUACCCCGAGGAGAUCUCAUCCAUGGUCCUAGUCAAAAUGAGAGAGAUCGCCGAGGCCUACCUGGGUCAGAGAGUCAAUAACGCCGUCAUCACGGUCCCAGCGUACUUUAACGAUUCUCAGAGGCAAGCGACCAAAGAUGCGGGGGUGAUCGCCGGAUUGAACGUUCUGCGAAUUAUCAAUGAGCCCACAGCGGCUGCCAUCGCUUACGGGCUGGACAAGGGUAGGAGAGGAGAGAGGAACGUCCUGAUCUUUGACCUGGGUGGAGGCACCUUUGAUGUGUCCAUCCUGACGAUUGAGGAUGGGAUCUUUGAGGUCAAAGCCACAGCAGGAGACACUCACCUGGGUGGGGAGGACUUCGACAACCGGAUGGUCAAGCACUUCGUUGAAGAGUUUAAGAGGAAGCACAAGAAGGACAUCAGUCAGAAUAAGAGAGCAGUGAGAAGGCUCCGCACGGCCUGCGAAAGAGCUAAAAGGACCCUCUCAUCUAGCACUCAGGCCAGUAUUGAGAUCGAUUCCCUGUUUGAAGGCAUCGAUUUCUAUACUUCCAUCACAAGGGCUCGCUUUGAAGAGCUUAACGCUGAGCUCUUUAGAGGCACGCUGGAACCAGUCGAGAAGGCUUUGGGAGAUGCUAAAAUGGACAAGUCCCAGAUCCACGACAUUGUUCUGGUUGGCGGCUCCACCAGGAUUCCCAAAAUCCAGAAGCUUUUGCAGGAUUUCUUCAAUGGCAGGGAUCUCAACAAGAACAUCAACCCAGAUGAGGCGGUGGCAUAUGGAGCCGCGGUGCAGGCCGCCAUCCUGAUGGGCGACACCUCGGAAAACGUUCAGGACUUGUUGCUUCUGGACGUGGCUCCUUUGUCCUUGGGUAUCGAGACCGCAGGAGGAGUCAUGACUGCUCUGAUCAAACGAAACACAACCAUCCCCACUAAGCAGACGCAGAUCUUCUCCACAUAUUCUGAUAACCAGCCAGGCGUCCUGAUACAGGUGUUUGAAGGUGAAAGGGCAAUGACCAAAGAUAACAAUUUGCUUGGCAAAUUUGAUCUUACGGGUAUCCCACCAGCUCCACGGGGCGUGCCCCAAAUUGAGGUGACCUUUGACAUUGAUGCCAAUGGAAUACUGAACGUAUCCGCAGUGGACAAGAGCACAGGGAAAGAGAACAAAAUCACCAUCACCAAUGACAAAGGUCGACUGAGCAAAGAGGAAAUCGAGCGGAUGGUGCAGGAUGCAGAAAAGUACAAAGCCGAGGAUGAGGUACAGAGAGAGAAGAUUGCAGCGAAGAAUGCAUUGGAGUCUUACGCCUUCAACGUGAAGAAUAGUGUUGAGGAUGAAAAAUUGAAAGGAAAGAUUAGCGAAGAAGACAAGAAGAAGGUCAUUGAUAAGUGUAAGGAGGUUAUCACUUGGUUGGAGAACAAUCAGCUGGCUGAAAAGGAAGAGUAUGAGCACCACCAGAAGGAACUGGAAAGUGUGUGUAAUCCAAUCAUCACUCGGCUCUAUCAAGGAGGAGUUCCUCCCGCAGGUGGCUGUGGAUUCCAAGCCCAGCCUGAAUCACAGGGCCCCACCAUUGAAGAGGUGGAUUAAGGAAGAGCAAAUUUGCCUUACCAUAGUGCUAAAUUACAUUCAAUGUUAAAUAAGAUAUGGUGGCUUUACUUUAUGAUACUUCCAGAUUUAUAAGAGCUAAGUUGUUUUAUAUAUUGUUUGUGAUAUGUGCCUAAAUUUUAAAGUUGCAAGACAACUGUCUUUCAGCUGUGUCAGCUGAGAAAUUGAGUGGAAAAAAUUAAUAUAGAAUAUUUUCUUAUAAUUGAUAAUAUGUAUUUAUUAUAUAGGCUACAUGAAUAAAAAUAAAUAAAUGCCAAUUUAAACCACGAAAACCAACAAAUCCAGUCUUUUUUUCUCUCUCUCUCUAGAGAAGGCAAGGUAGAACAUGCAUGACGUUAAACCUGCUCUACUUUACUUGUCCACUAGGUGACGUCGUAAGACAAAUUUACCUCAAAUGUAAACAAUCAGAUGCUUUAC